AUGGCUUCCAACUUUGCAUUCUGUUAUCUUCUUCUACUUCUCUCUUCAACUCUCUUCAUAACCAUUCGAGCCGCCCGACCCUACGAACAACCAAACCUACCCAAACCAUCAGGAGGAAUCAGCGUUGAUUUGGUAUCAAGCGUGCUCUCUGACAAAGGGUAUCACGCCAUGUCACUAACCCUAGAAGCCGUUCUUGAGGCUUUGACGCCAACCCAUUUCAUAAACCACAACACCACUCUUACCCUCUUUUGCCCUCAAGACCAAGCUUUCUUGAACUCCAAGUAUCCUCGGCCUCCAUUGACACUCCUCAAGUACCAUGUUGUGCCAUUCAAGAUCGACAAAGAUACCAUGGAGGCAACUUUUCAUCAUGGUUCCAUGGUUGACACUCUUCUGCCUGGUCAUCCUCUCGUUGUUACUUCCGCACCUGGCACCGGCAGAUACGCUUCUCUUAACCUAGUAAAAGUCACUGAAUGGGAUCUUUACAAUAAUGGACGACUGAUUAUUCAUGGGGUUGAAGACUUCUUCGACCCGGCUUUCCAAAUACUGAGAUAUCCAAUAUACGACGUGAUUAACAUUCAAGAAAAUCCUCGAGAAGGAUUUUCUAUGCUGAAAGAUGCACUAGAGAUUAUUAGCUUGUUUAUCUUGCUAGCACUGGUGGCUGCUUUCACUUAUGUACUAAUUCGUUCAUUUAUUUUUCCUCAGAAGCCAAGGGAUGGAGAAUAUGCACUUUUGUAUUAA